AUGAAUGCACUUUUUGGGCUUUUCCUUCUGAUCUAUCUGAUGACUCUUAUCACAAACCUUCUUAUAUUUUUCUUGGUCCUCACUGACUACCAUCUUCACAACCCAAUGUAUUUUUUUCUUGCCAACCUGGCAUUUCUGGACAUGCCUUAUUCAUCAGUGACUGCACCAAAGAUGCUCUAUGAUUUGGUCACAAAAAGUCGAUCAAUAUCCAUUCCUGCCUGUAAAGCCCAAGUCUUUUUCUAUCUCUGCUUUGCUUGUUCAGAACUUUUCUUGCUCUUGGCUAUGUCCUACGACGACCGUUACAUUGCCAUCUGCCGCCCCCUACACUACAUUGCCAUCUGCCGCCCCCUACAUUACAAACUAAUGAUGUCUUGGAGCGUCUGUGCUCGUAUGGCCUCCAUGGCCUGGGUUGUAGGAUGUUCUCUCUCUUUGGUUUAUACUUUACUUUUGCUCAGGUUGUCCUUCUGCAGAACAACUUCCAUCCACAACUUCUUUUGUGACCUUCCACACUUAUAUCAGAUUACAUAUACUGACCCUUUCGUAAACAUGGUGGUCUUAUUCUUAGCAAGUGCUACUUUUGGAUUAGGAAUCAUUCUUUUGACCUUUCUCCCCUAUGUCUAUAUUCUUAGUACCAUCCUCAGAAUCCAUAGUAAGACUGGAAAGAGGAAAGCAUUCUCCACAUGCACAUCGCAUAUUACGGUUGUCUUCAUCUUUUAUGGCUCCUUAAUUUUUAUUUACUUGGUUCCAUCUUCCAGCAAUAUGUUUAUUUUAAACAAACUGUUUACAGUCAUAUCUGCCCUCAUUAACCCAUUGCUGAAUCCUCUGAUCUACAGCCUGAGGAACAAAGAUCUCAUGGAGGCGCUUAAGAGGUCUUAUUAUCACUUAAAAUUAAUUCAUGUUUGCUGCUGA